UUCCUCCUUAUAUAUAGAAAAUCAUAAUCAUUCGAUGAUAAGAGCUUCCUCACCUUGUCGUGAGAACACUACUGCUUUAUUGUCUGAUACUCUGAAGGCAUGUAUCACUCCUAAAGCUUCAUCAAUUGGUGUUAGUGUGCCUUUGCCUCGUCCUGAAGAUACUUCAUCAACUAUUAGUAACAGCAGCAUUGAUGAUAGUGAAAAUGGAAGAGGAACCUGGAGUAGGCAGCUUGACUUCUUUCUGUCAUGUGUAGGCUAUGCUGUUGGCUUGGGAAACAUAUGGCGCUUUCCUUAUUUAUGUUACCGAAGUGGUGGAGGAGCUUUCCUUAUACCAUAUUUACUUUUUCUGAUGAUUUGUGGUAUACCAUUAUGCUUCCUGGAAAUGAGCUUUGGUCAGUUUGCGAGCUUAGGCCCCAUAGCAAUUUGGAAAAUCUCUCCCUUAUUUAAAGGUUUAGGGUAUGGUAUGGUGUUAAUAUCUGGCAUUGUAUGCAUUUAUUAUAAUGUGAUAAUAGCUUGGACUCUGUAUUACAUAUAUCAGUCUUACCAUGUAUCAUGGGCUACAUGUGGAAACUGGUGGAACACUCCUAACUGUGUUGAUCAGUUCUCUGAAAACAUUUUUAAUGCUAGUAAUAGUUCUGUAACAAAUGACGUAACCGAGGAGUUUGUAAACUGGACAGACAGUGCCAGUAGAGAAACCAGUUCCAUUGCUGUAACAUCUAAUGGGAAUAAAACUACAUCAAGUGAAGAAUUCUGGCUGUACAAUGUACUGAAUCAGAGUUCCGGAAUUGACAGCAUGGGUGAAAUUCAGUGGCCCUUAGCAUUAACAUUAUUUAUUGCUUGGGUGCUUGUAUUUUUAUGCCUUCAGAAAGGAGUCAAGUCUUCUGGCAAAGUAGUCUAUGUGUCAGCAACAUUCCCUUACGUUGUUCUGGUAUGUCUGUUGAUUAGAGGUCUUACUUUACCUGGAGCAAUGAAAGGAAUUGCAUUUUAUCUUACACCACGUUGGGAAUUAUUAAUGAGUUUUCGGGUUUGGGGAGAUGCUGCCACUCAGAUAUUUUAUUCUGUUGGUGCUGCUUGGGGUGCUAUUCUUACAAUGUCCAGUUAUAACAGAUUUUCAAAUAAUGUUUAUAGAGAUGCUAUGCUGAUUCCCUUAAUCAACUGUGGAACUAGCAUUUUUGCAGGAUUCGUGGUGUUCUCAAUCAUUGGAUUCAUGGCUUAUGAAACGGGAAAAACUAUUGAAGAAGUUGUCUCUCAGGGUCCCGGCUUAGCAUUUGUUGUUUAUCCUGAGGCAGUUUCACGAUUGCCUUUCUCGCCCAUCUGGGCAUUUCUUUUUUUCUUUAUGCUUUUUGCCAUUGGGUUGGAUAGCCAGUUUGGCAUGUUUGAAACAGCUAUAAGUGCAUUCGUGGAUGAAUUUCCUAGUGUAUUGCAGAAAAGAAAAACACUUUUCACUGCUGUAUUGUGUUUCAUUAUGUUUCUCUUGGGGCUGCCUUGUGUAACUGAGGGUGGCAUGUAUGUUCUGCAGCUGAUGGAUUGGUACAGUGCUACAUUUUCUCUCAUGAUCAUUUCAUUACUGGAAACAGUAUCUAUUUGUUGGAUAUACGGUGUGGAUCGUUUUAUGCAGGAUAUAUGUUUGAUGAUAAAACGCGUUCCUCCAACCUGGUGGAAAUUAUGUUGGUGUUUCAUUACUCCAGGAACCAUAGUCUCUCUUUUAAUUUUUAUUGUCAUAAACCACGAAGCAGUUUCCUAUGGGAAUUACCAGUAUCCUCAGUGGUCAAUUGCUUUGGGUUGGAUGAUUGCUAUGUGCUCCAUUGCCCCCAUUCCAGUUGUGGCUAUUGCACAAAUACUGAAAGCUGAAGGAACUUUCAAAGAAAGACUUAUUUCUUGUCUACGACCAGCUCCAGAAUGGGGUCCUGCCUUAGAAGAACACAGAAUUUUAUAUAAGAAGAGUCUUAGUUUAGUAUCAAGUCGUUUUCCUCAAAGGCAUGUCUCAGGUUUGGGUCACAGUGCAAGCAAAUCUCAAAUGAAUGAUGGAGAACUGUGUGCAGUGCAGACAGAAAAUCUGUUACUGCAGUCUGAGAGUGCUGUAUAAAAAGUUGAAUAUGUAGAAACUCAAAUUAUUUGAAGCUUCUUUCUUAAGAGCUGUCUGUGAUUCUGAGCCAAUAAAACCCUUUGGGUUUAAGGUGGCUGUAGUUUUGAGGACAAAAUAUUGCACAAAUUGUUUAAUGCAUUUUGCAUUGGACGUUUAGCCCAGUGAGGGAAGUAUUUGUCUGAUACUCAGGCUUGAAAAAGAGUAACUCCUUAUAAAAACGUAGAGGACUGAACGUUAUGUUUGAUUUGUCAUUUCAAUUGUAUUCCUUUUAAAUACCUUCGAGACCAAUAAGAUAUCUUUGGAUAUUCAGUGUUCAUAAAUCAUAGUAUUAAAAUUUCUCACUUUUUAAGUAUAUAAAUUGUGAUAAACUAUUCCCAGUUUUGAUAUACUAGAUUAAAAAAAAACAACUGGGUGUCAGUUUUUUACAUUCUUUUAAAAUUUAAUUGGUGAUAUAACAUUACAUGAAACUCAAAAUACAAAAAAUUAAGAGUCUAAACUUAUAUUUUCUUAGAUAAUGUGUUACUGUUUUUACGAACCAUUUUGUAGGUAAAAUUAAGUUUAUAAUUUUUGUAUUUAUGUCCUGUAGUAAGGAAUAGGUAUCUAUUUUUCUGCCUUUAUUUAAAAACAAAUAUGAAACUUUAUUUGCUUUAUUAUUAUUAUUUUCUUUACUUUAAUAUUAUUUGUCUCUUUUCAAAAGAAGCCUUUUUAAAUUUUAAUAGUAAAAAAAAUAACAUGUUACUGGAUGAGAACUGUUUAUAAUAGUAUUAUAUGAGUGAGAUGUAUUUGUAACAGUUCAUAUUUUUAGAUGAACGAUUGUCUUUUUUAUAGUUCCUGAAACUCAUUGCAAAUUUAUUUGUUUGAGUUUUAUUUAGUGUCAACAUUUUAAGUUUGUUUCAGAUUGCCUUCUGCUUAGUGCAUACAUGAUUGAGUUUUCCUUCAUUUUUUAUUACUCUAAUUUGUAAUUUAUUAUCCUAAUAGUUGUAAUUCUAUUUAAUUGAGUAAAAAUAAAAAUCCUUGAAAUUUUAUAUUCUCAAUGAAAUACAGGGACAACUAUUUUUGGCUGUAUUUGCUCCUGCAAUUGCUAAUUUUAAAUUAGUUUGUGAGGAAAUUCACUUCUUUCAAAAUAAGUAAAUUUUGCAAGUUGUUUUACUAAUGUAGUGUAUUUUAAUCCCUUGUGUGUGAAUAUUUUUAUCUGGUUAUUUCUUUUGCAGUGGAGAAAUCAAAUUUUUUCCCAAAUAUUAAUUUUUCAAAUUUUAUUUUAUAAGAAAUAUACCAGUAAGCAAUAUUCAGUAAGCAAUCUGAAAAUUCACUAUCAUUUUUCAUUAUUUUGUUUGUGAUUUUUUUAUAAGUUAUGUUUGACAGUUUACCGAUUUCUCCAUUUUCAUACAAUUUUCCUCCUUUAAAUAACAAAGUAAUAUUUUUUUUUGGUAUAGGUUAUAAUUUUAAAAAAUUGGUUGUAUCAAGUAAAGUUAAAACAAAUUAAUUCAAAAUUUUAUUUAAUUAGUUAAUUUUCUGCUGCUCAAUCUACAUGUUUCUUGGAUGGAAUUAAUUGUACUUUUAUGUAAACGCUUAAGCCACUACUUAACUGUUUAAAAAUGUUCCCUUCUGUCACAGGAUAUUGUGCUUCUAAAAAAAUUUCCCUUCUGUCCCCAAGGUACUGUGCUAUUAAAAAUGUUUUCCUUCUGUCACCAGGUAAUAAGCUCACUUAUUCUGAGACUUGUUUUAUUCAUUUCUGUACAUUCCUUUCAAACAUUUUUGUGCAGUUAACUUCCUGUAUAAGCUAUUCAACUUAUUUUUUUAAGAUGUGCUUGCAUAAGUUAUAUAUGAAAAUUCAUCCAAUAAAAUGUUUUGACUUUAA